AUGGAACCUUAUGAAGUCUUAUUAACUGAGUCGUCCACCCGCAACCGAAUACGCUUACGUCACCGAAGGAAUUUCACGAAGGCAGAGAAAGGGGAGGGGGAGGAUGAGAGAGAGGUUGAGGAACAGAGCAACUCUGUGCCCCCGACGCGAGGGCACGACUGUGCAGUCAUUCCGCCCCACCACGCCUGCCCCGCCCCGCCUCACCGCUCGUCGCUCGUCGCUCCGCCCCGCCGUCCACCCACCCCGAACACAUGCCCGCCUGACGCAACUGGCGCCGUCCUAAUCCAGUUCAGCCACGGCCUCCUCUUUGCGGAGCAGUAUAUAAGAUGUUUAGAAGAGAAAAUAUCCUUGAUGCACCUGCAAAGAGAAAACCAAGUGGCUCGCUACAUUUCCGCAUUCGCAAUGAAAACAUCGACUGAUACCCCGAUCGAAGAAAAGUCGGGCCAUGUGGUUCGAUCGAAGCCGCACAGAAGGUUUCGCCUCACACGGUCACCUCCUGCCUCCGAGAGCUCCGCUCGAUCAAAUUGUGAAAUUGAACAACUUUCUCCACAAGGAAAAGCAACUGCUGGAGCUGAAAGUAUCUCAUCGAGUGUUUGUUCUACAGAACAGAUUUUCUAUAGAGUUAACGUCAAGGAAUCUUGGAUGUCUGAAUUGGUUGAAUUGGUUUUUGAUGUAGAAAAUCCAUAUUUUAAUAAUGAAAGCGAGAUGUUCAGAGUCACUGGCUUGCUGAAACAUAAUAUUAUUUCCAAGACGCUUGUCCACAGUAUUAAUAAGGAUAUUUUAGGAUACAUAGACGAGCGAGCUACUGUUGCUGCUCUGAUCGUUCUCGCCCUUCUGGGCUGCGCUCUGGCGGAGCCCCCAGUCAACAGAGGGUACCUGCCACCGCAGGCCCGCUUCUCCGCCCCCUCCCAGCAGUACGGCCCCCCCGCCUCUGGCCCCGCCCGCAUCUCCGCUCCCUCUAGUCAGUACGGCGCCCCCGCGUCUGGCUUUGCCCGCAUCUCCGCACCUUCCAGCCAGUACGGUGCCCCCGCCCGCAACUCCGCUCCUUCCAGCCAGAACGGUGCUCCCGCUCGUAUCUCGGCUCCUUCCCAACAGUACGGUGCCCCUGCCCGCUCUUCCGCGCCCUCUACCCAGUACGGGGCUCCGGCCCGCAUCGCUGCCCCCGCCCCCGCUCGCUUCUCCGCUCCCUCUGAACAGUACGGCGCCCCCGCCCGCUUCUCCGCUCCUUCCAGCCAGUUUGGCGCCCCCGCGGCGGCCCGCUUCUCCUCCGGCCCCUCGCGCAACAACGGCUUCGGAGCCCCGUCCACACAGUACGGUGCCCCGGCGGCCGAGCGCUUCUCCGCCCCCGCCCCCGCUCCCGUCUACGGCGCCCCCAACGCCGCCUCCAGCUACUCCGCCGCCGCCGCCCGCGCCCCCAGCCGCCUGAGCAACGGACCCGCCCCCGAGCCCGCCAACUACGAAUUCCAGUACGCCGUGGAGGACUACGAAUCUGGCGCGAACUUCGGCCACCAGGAGGACCGCCAGGACGAGAGCGCCCAAGGCGAGUACCGCGUGGUGCUGCCCGACGGGCGCACGCAGAUCGUCGAGUACCAAGCCGACGAGGAGGGCUACAAGCCGCAGAUCCGCUACGAGGAGGCCGACGGACCCUACGCUGCCUCCCAAGGCUCCCGCAACGGCGGAAACGGCGGCCCUUACUAAUUUAUUUAUAACAUCUUCCCUCUUAUUUAUAUAGUCAAUACUUAUUUGCCAUGUACAUAUGAUGAUACGCUUCCUUUUGGUAUAUGAAUGAUGAAUGAAUGCAUGUAAUAUUUGUAUAUUUUUU